AUGUUGAGAAAGAUCCUUGCCAUAGCCCCUUUCCUGCUGGCCGCUCCUGUGGCAGCUGCACCCAAGUUCAUUGAGAGGGAAGUCGUCUGUGCAACUAUCGACCCCGUCACCGAGACAGUUUACCACACCAAGACUGUCUUUGCCAAUGGGCCGGCUGCAACAACAACAGGAACAUUGAGUGCCGGGAAAGAGCAUUACAGUGCUGUAGACUCCGGGAGUUUCAACUCAUCUGCAACUUCUACUGCUGCUGCCCCUUCCUCAAGCGGAUCACAGACUUCCAGUCCAGAUGUCUCCGGCAAUGUAGACCACAGCCGUAGCUAUGAGAGUUCACUUUACUUCACAAACUGGGGCAUCUAUGGUGCCAACUUCCAACCUCAGCAGAUCCCAGCUAGCAAGGUCACUCGGAUAUUAUACGCAUUUGCAGACAUUGCCAGUGAUGGCGAAGUCAAAUCCUCUGAUACCUAUGCUGAUCUAGAGAAGCAUUACCCCACGGACUCGUGGAACGACCAGGGCAAGAAUGCCUAUGGUUGCAUCAAGCAGAUAUUCCUGCUGAAGAAGCAGAACAGGAACAUGAAGGUGCUCCUCUCUAUCGGUGGAUGGACCUACUCUCCCAAGUUUCCUCCCGUUGCCGCCUCUGAGGCUGGCCGCACAAAGUUCGCGCAGAGUGCGGUCAAGCUGGUCGCCGACUGGGGCUUCGACGGCAUUGACAUCGACUGGGAGUACCCCGCCAACGCCAACGAAGCCCAGGACUUUAUCAAGCUGCUCCAGGCCUGCAGGCAGGAACUGGACAACUACGCGCAGAAGAACGCCCCGGGCUACCACUUCCUCAUCACCGUGGCCAGCCCCGCGGGACCCACCAACUACAACAACAUGGACAUGAAGGGCAUGGACCCCUACGUCGACGCCUGGAACCUGAUGGCCUACGACUACGCCGGCUCGUGGGACUCGACCUCGGGCCACCAGGCCAACAUCUACAUGAACUCGGAGAACGCGGCGGCGACCAAGUUCAGCACCGAGAAGGCCAUCCAGGACUACCUGGCCAAGGGCAUCUCGGGCAAGAAGAUCAUGAUGGGCCUGCCGCUCUACGGCCGCUCCUUCGAGUCGACCAACGGCAUCGGGCAGGCGUACAACGGCGUCGGCUCCGGGUCCAUCCAGUCCGGCGUGUGGCUGUACAAGGACCUGCCGCGGUCGGGGGCGCAGGAGGUCUACGACAACGUGGCCAAGGCGAGCUACAGCUACGACCAGGGCAGCAAGGAGCUCAUCAGCUACGACAACGUCAAGUCGGCCGUCGAGAAGGCGUCGUACCUGUCGGGCAAGGGCCUCGGCGGCGCCGUCUUCUGGGAGGCCAGCGGCGACCGCUCCGACGACCAGAGCCUCGUCGGCACGGUGGCCAAGCAGUUUGGCAAGCUGGGAAGCCAACAAAACCUGCUCAGCUACCCGGCCAGCCAGUACGACAACAUCCGGGCUGGCAUGCCCUGA